AUGCCAGUUGAUGCUUCCACUGUUGGCACAAAACCAUCUGUUCAACUUCUUAACGGCUCCAGUGCCGUCCUACCCUGUCAGUACAAUCAUGCUGUAUAUGAGAUGUACUGGGUAUACCACAAUGGCCAUGAAGAAUAUGAAGGAGACACUCUUGUCGAACUGGACAUGUACUUUGACAUUGGUAAACGGAGUGGUAAGGGCGUUGACGAAGGGCGUUUCAACAUCAGUGAUGACUUUUCUCUAUUGAUCGAGCCAGUCAUGAUGAAAGAUGGUGGUCGGUACUCCUGUAUUGUGUCUGAUAUAGCAUCGGGAAUUCCAUAUAAGAAUUACACUGAUGUCACGGUAUAUGUUGAUGCUUCCACUGUUGGCACAAAACCAUCUGUUCAACUUCUUAACGGCUCCAGAGCUAUCCUACCUUGUCAGUACCAUCAUGCUGUAUAUGAGAUGUACUGGGUAUACAAUAAUGGCCACAAAGAACCCGGAGGAGACACUCUUGUCUACUUGGACAUGUACUUUAACAUUGGUAAACGGAGUGGUAAGGGCGUUGACGAAGGUCGUUUCAACAUCAGUGAUGACUUUUCUCUAUUGAUCGAGCCAGUCGUGAUGCAAGAUGGUGGUCGGUACUCCUGUAUUGUGUCUGAUCUAGCAUCGGGAAAUUCAUGUGAUAAUUACACUGAUGUCACGGUAUAUGUUUAUGCCAACACCACAAACACGAAUUUUGUCACCAUCAAGCAAUGCGAAGAUUUGACCAAUCUUAACCAAUCCACAGCUUAUGAAGAAACACCAUGCAUCUACCCAAUCACCGACAACCAGACAGUUUUCCAACUGAACUGCUCAGUGUACGGGGCGAUGCCGGAGGUUUCUCUUUACUGGAUCGACGACGGGACGAACUAUGACCUGACGUUAACAAUCGAAAAUCGAGAAGACGGAACGUUUGACCAGAUGCUGACGAUGACAGGGUCUGUGAAUGAGACUAAGAAUGGUACUGUCUUUACCUGUGUGGCUGAAGGAUUGUCUGUUGGUGGACUUGCGAACAGUUCUGUUAUAUUCUUCAAGACUAAACAUCAAUCUGAAGUCCCAAGUCACGAGCCUACAGGCUCUACAAAUCUGCUUGCACUAAAAAUCGCCCUACCGAUAGGACUUAUAGCUGUAGCCGUCAUUGUGGGAUUUUUCGUCUGGAGAAAUCUGAUGCAUAAAAGACAGGAUCGAGGAAUACGUUUGAAGAAGGUGAAGAACUCCGCAGAUGAAGGGGAAUGAAAGCAAUAGACAGGAUAAAUUCUCAAUUUCUUCACAAGCGCAGAAGUUUUGAGAAAAUGUUAAAUGUGUGCAUAAUCGACUCCUUGUGCUAAUUUACAAUGUAUCGCUCAAUCAUGUUCAUUAUAAUGCAUUUACAAGCUUCUAACUUAAUCAAAAUGUUUAUACAAUAAACCAAUUUAACAAAAUGAGCUUGAAUAUUAACAAUUAUGUACACAAUAUGGAGAUAAUUUUAUAAUCUUGAAAAAUAAACAGCUUGCACCUGUCAACAAUUUUUUGUGUGAAAUUGAUCUUUGACGCCAUAAUGUAAAUACAGCUGCUAAUUUCAACCCUUUCAACUUUGCUUAUUGUUGUUAAGUGACUUUUUUGAAGGGGGAGGUGGCAAAUGAGGGUGAAGGGUAGGAAAGGGAAGAUAAAAGAAAUACCCAAGCCUCACCCUAAAAUAACUAUAGAUUUUUUUCAUGUGAAGAAGCACAAAGAAGUUACCGCGACCAAUUAAGAUGGAAGAGCUAGGGCGCGAUGGAAGUGCUUAACUGAUAAAUUUGUUAGAUUUUAUGCUUGUUACUUGCCAUUGACAUCGAUUUUUCCCUGUGGCGGCAACAUAAUGUAAAAAGUUAUAGGGGGACAGGUGGAAGGAUUUUUUUUUGGAGGGGAGCAAAAGGAUUUUCGCUACCAUGCUUUCUUUUAGAAUGUUUAGGGAAGCAGAUAUUUCUAUUUUUUAGGGAGACGGGCCAAUGCCCUCCAUGGCCGUACGCAGAGGAGGGGGGGGGGGGUACUAAUUCCGCACCAUUCCUAGGAAUGGUGCAUGACAUCCUUCUAUAUCACAAGCUCGGUCACUUCAUUGCUUUCGAGUUUCUUCGGAAAUUUUAAAUGUGUCUUGCCCCAAAUUCUGCGAACCUCAGGGCCUUUUUUAUCAAGGGAUGCUGAUUUUAAUUUGAAAAGUUUUUAUUACAAAAUGAAGAUCGUUUUGGUCCAUGGAAAAUCGGAAAAGCAAAAAAAAAAGUUUUCACUAAAAUAUUAAGGUGUUUUUCUUAUAUUUCUGCUAUCAAGCUUGCCUGCCGGAUUUCUAGGGGUGCUGAAUAUAUAUAAUAUAAGAGAUGGAAAGGAAACCUAUAGAUAAGGAGAGGAGAAUGAAGACAAAUAGAAAAUUAGAGACAGGUCAAGAUAGCCUUCAUGUAAAUUUGGAAGGAGGAGAGAAGAUUUUGAAAGAAAUGAUGCAUGGUUCGGGAAAGUAUAGAUGAGAGAAAAAUAACAACAAUGAUGAGGGAGAGAGAGGGGGAUUUGAAAAGAUUAAAAUAGAGAUAACGAUAAAUAAAUAAAGAAAGAGGUUGAAAUUGAAAUUGAAAUUGAAAUUGAAAAGGCUUUAUUAAAAUUAUUGCACUUUGCAGCCAAAAGGCUGAAUUGCGUACAAUUUACAGGUAUGUAUACAUAGAGUAAACAGAUUAAAAACAUCAAAUUUGAAAUGAUGACGAAAAUAUAAUGCAACUUAAUACAUUAUGUAUACUAAAAGGAAACGAUGAAGUAAAAUAAAAUACAAACACUGAAAGGUGGUGGUGGUGGUGGAAAGCG